AACACUUCUGUUUCAUGUGUGUCCUGCGGUUAACGGAAGAGGCAGACUACCAUACGGUGAGUCAGCGUAGCUCUGUUAGCUGUUAAUAUUCAAACUCACCGGCUGUCAAAAAGCUCGCAGGGGUUGAUCCACGGCGGUUAGACAGAGCAGGAAAUUAACGUUAACUCAACCGCCCCCUUGCUCAACGGAUUUUUACAACGGGUGUUUUUUGGCUGGUUUUUACCCACAGUCAUGUGAUUGUAACGUAAAACCCCUAACCGGAAAACAGCGACGGAAGACCCUCUCCGCCGCCAACGAAUGCUGCGUUUGCGAGGAACAGUAGAAGCCGCUGCGAGCCCAGAGAGGACGGACCCGGUAACAAACAAACAACGGCGACACGGCAAACUCCACGGAUUUUACACGGAGUGCAGGUUGAAGAAUGGAGUUGGCCAACCAUGGUCUUAUCCUGCUGCAGCAGCUUAACGCUCAGAGGGAGUUUGGCUUCCUGUGCGACUGCACUGUGGCUAUCGGAGAUGUCUUCUUCAAAGCCCACAAAGCUGUCCUCGCUGCCUUCUCAAACUACUUCAGAAUGCUCUUCAUUCACCAGGACAGUGACUGUGUGCGCUUGAAGGCCGCUGACAUACAGCCAGAUAUCUUCAGCUACCUCCUCAACCUGAUGUACACAGGCAAGCUGGCACCCCAGCUCAUAGACCCUGCACGACUGGAGCAGGGGGUCCGAUUCCUGCAUGCCUACCCACUAUUGCAGGAGGCCAGCCAGUCUGUGUAUUCACACUCUGAGCAGCACAACAUCAACCUCUCCACCUCCCUCUACGGCAUCCAGAUCUCGGACCAGCAGGUAGGGCUGUCUGCUAGAUUGCCCACUCGACGGCAGAUCUCCUCUCCCUUUGACAUGGAGCAGUUCAGCUCGGAGGGGAAGUUUCCGUCCAUUCCAGCUGCCACAACUACAUUCGCAAAUUCCUUACUGUCCAAGCUUAGUUCCUCAGCCCAAGACAUGGAGGCCUCAACCAGUGGCACUAAGCCUGCAUUGGAGGAGGGGGGGAUGGAGAUGCUAAGUGCAGAUGGUUCCUCAGCCAGUGCCAUCCUCAAUGUAAAGCCCAGCAUCAUGAAGAGGAAUUCCUCUUUCAGGAAGCAUUACUCCUGUCAUCUGUGCAGGAGUCGAUUCAACCAGAGGAGCCUGCUGAGAGAACAUCUCUUCCAACACACCCAGGCUCUACAUCAGGCACCAGCCGAGCCCAGCAACGCUCUCUCGCCGACCAACGCUCUCUCGCCCACCAUGAGCCGACUUAAUAGCAUGCUAGAGUUAGAGGGGGUCCUGAAGGGAAGCAAGUCAGGGUUGAGUGCCUCGGCUGCCACCACAGCAGUAGAGAUAAUCAGCGACAGCGAGCAGACGCCCGUUUCAGGCACCAACUCGGACUCUCCCCGGGCCGAGGUGUCCACCUCCAGCUGGGGGGUGGGAGGAAUGAACUCUCAGGCAGACACACCGCCUCCGUCAGACAUUGCAGACAUCGACAACCUGGAGAGCGCCGACCUGGACCGGGAAGUGAAGCGGCGGAAGUACGAAUGCUCCACCUGUGGGCGUAAGUUUAUUCAAAAGAGCCACUGGCGCGAACACAUGUACAUCCACACAGGGAAGCCCUUUAAAUGCAGUGCAUGUGGCAAGAGCUUCUGCCGGGCCAACCAGGCGGCCCGCCACGUGUGCCUGAACCAGGGGGUGGACUCGUACACCAUGGUGGACCGGCAGAGUAUGGAGCUGUGCGCUGCAGGCGACGACAGCAGCCAGAUGGAGGCCAUGUUCAUGGGCUCGUCAAAGCCUUACAAGUGUAACAUUUGUGCGACCACCUUCUCCAGUCCCAAUGAGGUGAUCAAACACUUGUGCUUUACUCAAGGGGGAUUAGUGGGGCUGCAGGGAAGCGCCGAGGCAGGGAUGCUGCUCCAGCGCGAAGAGUUCUCCAAAGAUGAAGGCUCGGAUUUGUCCAACUCUGGUACCCCACUGGAACCCAUAAAGACUGAGGAAAUCCUUGUAGAGUAGUGCCAAAAGUGUGUUUGUCCUUUAACAUGUGUGUUUACUUUCUAAAUUAUGGUUAAUAGGUAAGCUUAAGGUGAAGUAAGUCAGGGUGUGUAUGUUUGAGCUUCUCAAUCUCUGUUCCUUUCUUUUCUUUUGUUUGGUACAGUAUUUUUUUAAACAUUUUUUUAUCCUAGAUAUGACAAAAAGUGAACUAAUUGUAAAGUACAUUGCCUUUAGCUUUCUGGAGUUCAGCCGGACAUCUGUAGAAAAAGUAAAUAUUAACAUUUGACUCGAGGCUAAGUGUAUCCCACAUUUCUUCUCAUCAUUUUAUUGUUAUUGAUAUAAUCAAGUUAUAUGUCAGGCUGUUACAAAUUAGAGGUUCUUAACAGAUUAAGGUGUGAUAAGGCUGCACACGCAUAUGUUGAGUACAAGAGGAAGAGGAAGCUCAGUUCCGGAAACAGCAUGCUGUGAGAGGGGUUUUCUGUGCUAUAUUUUUGGAGGAGAAAGAGUUGCAAUUAAAAAUCCUUCUGGAGCUGCACAGAAGAGUUCAUGGUCAUAUAUUUGAGGCUAAUUCUGCAGAUCAGGUAUAAAUUAUAAGUCCAUCUAAAAGCACAAAACAUAUUCAGACCUGAGACAAUCCGUGCUCUUUUUUGAGUAGAGGAAAGGAAAGUACAUUUGUCUUCCAUUCAUGUUUUGGUUGGCUUUAUGGCCCAGCAAAAUGAGUAACUUGAAAUGUUCAUUGUAUGCAACAAACUUUUAGUUGUUUUACUGUGUUUUGUUCACUGUGCUAAGUGUGAUUAUGUUUCCCGUGUCCUUACAUCUUAUUAAAGCACAAUUGCUUUUCAUUGUUUGAGUUUGGAAAAUGGAAGUAAGAGCAUUCAAUGUGUUUACAGCUGAGCCACUUUGAUCAUUUUCUACAUUCAGAUGCUCAAACCUGGAUGAGAAGCUGUCCUGUAAAAGAUUUGACAUCUCGUCUUCUUAUAAUUUGCCUCAAUCUAAAAGUCCUUACAUUUUAGUUUGACAUGCUUUUAUACAAUGCUAUAUUUACAAAGAUUACUUUAUAUUGCAAAGGUUUCUAUUAGUAGACAUAUAGUUUUCAAAUAUAGGAUUACAUUUGGUUUAGCAAAGAUGUAUGUAUUAGGGAUGGGCAUGAUAAAUGUAUGUUUUAACUUCUUUAAGAAAUUGAUUAGAAUUAAAAAAAUUGUAUUCUGUGUUUUAACCCUCUCCCCGUUGCCAAAUUUGUGCCAAAUGCUAAGCCUCUUGUCCAUUGUGCACAAAGGGAAAUGUUUUUAUCUGACCCUCUGACAUUUUUAUCAUUUAAGAAAUCUGAAAAAAAAGUAUCAGUGAUGAGUGGUCGUUUAUAGAAAUGUGCAGAUAAACAUGAACAGUGAUGAAUUUGAUGCUCCAUCUGUUGCUGUGGAGGUCGUAUGAACUCAGGCGGUAGCUUAAGUAUGUUGUAGGAAUAUCAAAUACGUUUUGAAUUGUUACUUACAAGAACAUCAAAUGUUUGUGAUUACCAAAACAACGAAUAGGAACUACUAAUGACUUGAAAAUGCAAACAUCUAUACAAACACUUCCAGUAAUGUGGUUUGUCAUGAUACAAAAAAAUGCACAUUUCAGGUUUUUCAGGAACACAAUUCUCCAAAAGAACCCUUUAAGCUGAGAUUUAUUUUUUACAUAUCAAGGUGAACAACAUUUUAGGGAGACUUGUUAUAACCUUUUUAUUGUUAUUGUUUCUUUAAAUGAAAAAUAAAUUCUACAUUGUAUUGUUAUUGCAACGACACUGCUUUCUUCUGCUGCAAAAACGAACCAACACUUAAAGGCUGCAAAAACCAAAAGAUAAUUCUUAGUCCUGCAUUUGUCUCACUCAUUGCCACGAGAGCUAGUUAUCCGAGAGACCAAAUGAACAAUUCAGAAGACUUAUAAUAUGAAGCAGAGUUAUUGAUUGUGUCAUUUAUAUGUAUUGUAGUAGGUAUUUUAAAUGUAGUCUUUGCUGGAUAUAUUUAGUGAAAAUAUUAAAGAUGCCCAUCCCUAGUAUGUUUGAUAUGCAUAGUUGUUUUCUUAUGUGCCAAUUGGACUCGCCUUCAAAUGCAGGUUUGUGACAGUUGGGAUGAAACCCUUUUUCAUUCAGUUUGAAGUGGGUUUUUCUUUCACUUAAAACCCAACUUUAUUACGUGUCUAAUAGCAGUAGCUGCUGUAAUACAAUGAGCCCAGAGUACAGCUAGGUGGAGCUGUUUGUCUUAUUGGUCUACUCAGGUUUAGUGAGGAGAGAGACUGUCCAAUUUGAAGUAAUAUCUUAACUCAUGUUUGUGUGAUGUGAUGGCAUAAUUUAGGACCAUAUUUCAUUAAUCCUUACCAUUUAAAAAAACCCACAAUUGUCUGUGAAUUUAUUCUUAAGUGUUUAGUGUUGAGCUUUUUUUUGCUGAGGCGACUGAACGCUGUACUACUGACAUUCGUUACUCAGAGUUGAAUUGAUACUCAUAAAUAUGCACAGCUUUAUGAAAGGUUUAAGCCUUUUCUGUUCAGUCUUGUAAUUUAAGGGUUUGUGUGUUCAAACAUCUCCGUGUCUCAGGAAGAUGAGAAGUUUGACACUAUCCAACGAUUAUGUCAAACCCAUAUUCCUGUCCCCCGAUGCCCAACUGACAUGUACUGUGAUCAGUCUGUGUUCUCAGGAAUGUGAGUUAUGUUCUGUAUAAGCAUUUUGUUGUGUUUUGUUUUCUUGAAUGAAAAAGGAACAAUAAAAAGAUGUCUUUUUUUUAA